AUGGACCCUUCUUCAUAUUAUGAGACCAACGACAUGUAUCUCAUGUCUGUCCUCUCCUUUUCCUGCCUUAUCCUAUUUGUUGUUAUUAAGUUUGAUGCCCCGUGGUCAAAGGAGGGUUGUCUCUCAUGCCUGGUAGGAGUAUGGAUUCCAUUCCAGCUCACAGCCUUGGUCCUGUUCUCUCUCCAACACUCCCAGACGGUCGAACUUCCACAACAACUAGCGAGAUCUGUAAAUACCAUCUUGGCCACAACAUCCCUGUGGGGGGUGGCAGUCAUCCAUAUUAUCACGAUCAUCUAUACAUUCGCAGUCUUAGGGAACGAGAUAUGGUGGAAAUCGGCUGCAGCACUUGUGUGUGUUGAAGUUGCUUUGAUUUUGAUAUUUACCAUGAUUCCGCAAGUCCCGACCCCCGUGGAGCUGGCAUAUAUCAUGCCUUUCACUUCACAAACUGCAGCUAUAGGUGUAAUCUGGGCGUCAUCUCGAGACAUAUUCCGAAACAGGAUACAGAAGAAUACGGCUGAUCAUCUGUUGGGUUUGGGCUUAAUCACUCUCCUUGUCUCUGCACUUUUACUUCCACUGUCAACUCUCAGGUACUUUUGA